GAACUUGUUUCAGAUUUCCCCACCAGAGGUGGUAUUUCAGAACUUUGUCACCCAUGAGGUCUCUGAAAUGGUGCUGUCUAUCAUGAAUAAGGACAAGUUUCCUCAGGUGGUGAAGGUCUCCAUGGAGAGCUCGCCUUACUUCCAGCUCACGUGCUCCAACGACGCGUACCGUGUCGUGCUGCCGGGCGCGUCCGCCCCCGUGCGCAUCCGCUUCACCCCCGAGGAGAACAAGGAUUAUUCCCACCAGCUCGUCUGCAUGACUGAAAGCGAAAGGAUAGUUGUGCCAAUUCGGGCCAUUGGUGGCCGAACUAUCCUGACCUUCCCUGACCAGCUGGACUUCUCGGCCUGUCCGGUCAAGUACAGCACCCAGAAGACUCUGCUGGUUCGCAAUGUCGGUAACCGGGCAGCUCAUUACCAGCUGAGCACCCAGAGUCCUUUCUCCGUGGUUCCGACCACGGGAACUCUGGGCGCUGGCGACAGCAUGCGGGUGACAGUGGGAUUUCACCCGCUGACGACCGGUGACCAUUCCGGGUGGCUGUGCUGCAACACCGGUGAAGAAACUAUCCACACAGAGCUCCACGGAGAAGCUGGAGCUGUCCGUGUUGGGUUGAGCACAAAUUUCGUGGAGGUUGAGACGACUUUCAUCACCAUGUCCAACCACGCAACCAUGUUCAUUAAAAACAGGAGUAACGUCACAGCCCACUUCCAGUGGAAGGCUUUUCCUACUGAGGAAGAGGAGAAUAAAGAGAAGAGGAGGUUGGUCUGACAGAUCCAUUUCAGUGAGAUACACGGCCCACGGCUAAAACUGACGUGUGGCCUCAGGGGGGUGUUGGUGCUUUUGAGUGCUUUAGGCCAAGGAAACCAUGCCUGGCUCUCAGGUGUGUGUCCCUGCUGGCUUCAGGAGCUCAGCACUUAGCAUUCCAGUUCCACUUCUACUCCAACCAAGGAUGGCAUUUUGGCAAGGAAAGGUUGGUUGCAAUGACUGGAUUUCCUCAAGUUCUCAUUGGGCUUUUGCCUCUCUGAUCUUCUUCCUCCAUGGCCUGGCAACAUCCUUCAACAGCUCACCCUCUUUCCAAAGGUGAUACACCCUCUUUUUUUCCCUUAGUUCCUUCAGAAGCUCC